UUGCCUGGCAACGCGGCUGGGAUCUGUCGCAUUCCGACUCGGCGGGAGAAUGCUUGUUUUCUGCCGUUACGUCUAAAGCGGCGCCUCCAGAACGGCGCCUUUUAUUUCCAUUUCUUCCCUUCCCUCGGAGCGGGGAGGAGGAGAGCAACUUGCUGGGCUUGGAAACUUGCUCCUACCGACAGACGACGCUCUUUCCUCCCUCCCUUCUGUCCAAGCCGGGCCGAGCGCGAAGGAGGGCCGCCGGCGGAAGGCAGCGCAGCUCGCCUCCCUCUCGCGCGGCAGAGCCAGGCUACGUGUGAAAAAUGCCUACCGAUGCUCCAAGACAUGUUGGAGUGUGGCGACAAACCAGAGCUCUUUUAUACAAGAACUGCCUAGUUAAAUGGAGAACAAAAAAGAGCAGCGUUCAGGAAGUCCUACUUCCACUUUUCUUUUUGUUUUGGCUAAUAUUAAUGAGCAUGAUGUAUCCAAACAAGAAAUAUGAUGAGGUGCCUGAUUCUGAUCUUUAUUCUGUGGAUCACUCCAGCAUCUCUGAGUUAAUUGUUGGCUACACACCAGCGAAUGAUGAGACAAGAAAAAUCAUGCACAAAAUGUCUGCAGAAUACUUUACAGAAGGAAUAAUUACAGAAGAAUUUCUAAGUGAGGAGGGAAUGCAAGAGGCUAAUUUUCGUAACCCUCGAAAAUUUGUGGGUAUAGUUUUCAAAGAUUCUAUGUCCUACCACCUCAGAUUUCCUCCUGCAAAGGUUCCAGUAUCUGCAAUUUAUAUGGAAUCCAGAGCCAGUUGCCCAAGCCCUUCCAAGAUAUGUGAAGCUGAAACGUACUGGCGCAAUGGAUUCACUGCUCUACAGAUCAGUAUUGAUGCAGCAAUUAUACAGCUGAAGACUAAUCAAUCACUAUUGGAAGACCUGAAACUAACAAACGCAGUCAUGAUGGGAGAGUCCGCCAUUAUGGAAAUAGACAAUUUCCCUCGUGCAAUCAUUUUAAUUUAUUUAGUAAUUGCCUUUUCACCCUUUGGUUAUUAUUUGGCAAUUCAUAUCGUGGCAGAAAAGGAGAAGAAAUUGAAAGAGUUUUUAAUGAUCAUGGGUCUCCACGACACUGCCUUUUGGCUUUCUUGGGUCCUACUGUAUACCAGUCUGAUAUUUGUCAUGUCCCUUCUCAUGUCGGUCAUUGCAACAUUCUCUUCGCUCUUUCCCAAAAGUAGCAGCUUUGUGAUAUUUCUUCUUUUUUUCCUAUAUGGAAUAUCUUCCGUUUUCUUUGCAUUUAUGCUGACUCCUCUCUUCAAAAAAUCAAAAUAUAUUGGUACGGUUGAAUUUCUGACCACCCUGGCUUUUGGUUUUGUGGGCCUGACAGUUGUCCUGCUGGAGGAUUUUCCAAAGUCAUAUGUCUGGUUACUAAGUCCUCUGUGUCAGUGCACAUUUUUGGUUGGUGUUGCACAGGUGAUGCAUCUGGAAGAUUAUGGAGAAGGAAGCAUUUUCUCAAAUUUAAGCCAUGGUCCUUACCCUCUAGUUAUUUCACUUUCACUAUUGGCCCUGGACAGCAUGCUUUAUCUACUCCUAGCACUUUACCUGGAUCAGGUGAUUCCAGGAGAAUAUGGACUGCGGAGAAACUUUUUUUUCUUCCUGAAACCAUCGUUUUGGUUAAAGCGAACCAGAAAUUAUAAAGAAUUGUAUGAGAGCAGCAUUAACAGGGCCUUGGAUUUCAAUGAGAUAAUUGAACCGGUAUCCUCUGAAUUUCAGGGGAAAGAAGCUAUCAGAAUCAACUGUGUACAGAAAACAUUUGUUAAGAAAGGUGAAACUGUCGAGGCUCUAAAAAGUUUAUCCUUUGACAUAUAUGAGGGUCAAAUAACAGCGUUACUUGGACAUAGUGGAACAGGAAAAACAACCUUAAUGCACAUUCUUUGUGGAUUGUGUCCACCUUCUGAUGGUUUUGCAUCAAUCUAUGGAUAUAGAGUUUCUGAAAUAGAUGAAAUGUUAGAAGCAAGAAGAAUAACUGGAGUUUGCCAGCAGUUAGAUAUAUUUUUUGAUGUAUUAACAGUGCAAGAAAAUUUGUCAAUAGUUUCCUCAAUUAAGGGGAUACCUCCCAAUGAUAUGAUACAAGAGGUCCAGAGAGUUUUACUAGAUUUGGAUAUGCAGCCCAUUAAAGAUAACCAAGCAAAAAAGUUAAGUGGAGGACAGAAAAGGAAGCUGUCAAUUGGAAUUGCGAUUCUUGGAGAUCCAAAGGUAUUACUCUUAGAUGAACCAACUGCUGGCAUGGAUCCGUUCUCACGGCAUACGGUUUGGAACCUAUUGAAAAAUGGAAAAGCCAAUCGUGUGACGGUGUUCAGCACCCAUUUCAUGGAUGAAGCAGACAUUCUUGCUGAUCGGAAAGCUGUGAUUUCUCAAGGAAUGCUGAAAUGCCUUGGCUCCUCUCUAUUCCUUAAAACAAAAUGGGGGAUUGGCUACCGCUUGAGUAUGCACAUAGACAGGUACUGUAACACAGAAGGUACAGCAUCUUUGAUCAGACAACAUAUCCCUGGAGCCAGUUUGUUAAAGCAGACUGAAGAGCAGCUUGUGUACGCCUUACCUUUUAACGACAUGGACAAAUUUUCAGCACUGUUUGCUGAUCUAGACACUCACUCUCAUUUGGGUGUCAUUUCUUACGGAGUAGCCAUGACGACUUUGGAGGAUGUGUUCCUCAAGCUGGAAGUCGAAGCUGAAAUCGACCAAGCGGAUUUCAGUGUAUUUAACCCAGAGCAAGCUGAAGAGGAAAUGGACGAGAAAUCUGUUGAUGAGUUAGAGCAGAGCCUACUACUGCUAUCCGAGACGAAAUCUUGUGCAUUGAGCAAUAAGUCUCUUUGGAAAAAGCAGGUCUUUACCAUGGCGAAAGUACACUUCCUUAACUUAAAACGAGAGGUUAAAUCAGUGGCAGCGGUAUUCUUGCUAUUCGCAGUGUUUCUUUUUAUUCAGAUUCUUAUGUUCCUUAUACACUAUUCCUUCAAAAAUGCAGUGAUCCCUAUCAAACUCUCCCCAGAUUUAUAUUUUCUUAGGCCCAAUGAAUCUCAUCACAAAUACAAAACCAGCCUCCUCAUUCAAAACUCUACAGGGUCAAACAUUGACGACAUCCUCAGAGCUCUUAGGAGCCAGAAUAUUCUAACAGAGAUACUCAAUGGCAGUGACUACGGAUCAGCUGACUCCCAUGGAACAGCAUUGAAUGGCAGUGAUUAUGUGUCAUUUGCUCCACAUAAUGCAGGAUUAAACGUGUUGCAUGAUGACAAGAACUACAUGUUUACAGUGGCUUUUAACCGUACAAUGGUACAUUCUUUACCAGUUAUGAUGAAUAUAAUUAGUAACUUGUACCUGCACAAUUUAAACGUAACUGAAACGAUCCAUGUCUGGAGUAACCCUUUCUUUCAAGAAAUUACUGACACAGUUUUCACACUAGUUCUGUACUUUGAGGCUGUGUUACUAGGAGUCAUUGUAACCGGGAUGCCGCCGUAUUUUGCCAUGGAGAACUCAGAAAAUCACAAGAUCAAAGUCUACACUCAACUUAAAAUCUCAGGUCUUUAUCCAUCUGCAUACUGGUGUGGACAGGCGCUAGUUGACAUUCCUUUAUUUUAUAUUAUUCUCCUCCUUAUGAUGGGCAGCUUAUUUGUAUUUCACCAUGGAGUUUAUUUUUUCCCUGAAAAGUUUAUUGCUGUGAUUUUUUGCCUUAUUGGCUACGUACCAUCAGUAGUUCUGUUCAAUUAUGUUGUCUCUUUCACCUUUAAAACGAUUCAGAACACCAAAGAAUUUUGGUCAUUCAUUUUUUCAGUGGCAGCCUUGGUUUGUUCUGUUGUCAUCGAAAUAGCGUUUUUUAUGAUGUACUACACAACAGCGGCCGUCCUUCACACCUGUUUUUCUGUCUUCAUUCCAAUCUAUCCCCUUAUUGGGUGCCUCAUUUCUUUUAUAAAGAUAGCCCGGAAACUUGAUAACAAGAUGGAAAGGAAUUCAGAAAGAUUGCUGGUUUCAGUAGUAGCGCCUUAUUUGCAAUGUGUAAUUUGGCUCUUCCUUCUACGAUAUCUUGAGGUGAAGUGUGGAGGCAGAUCGUUGAGAGAGGACCCAUUUUUCAGAACUCCCGUGAAAAUGAAGCCCUGGAAGUUCCCAGAUGUGCCACAUAAUGAAGAUGAGGAUGAAGAUGUUAUGGCUGAGAGGUUGAGGGUUAAGGAGAUGACAACCUGCCAGAGCUGUGAAGAGAAACCAGCAGUUUUGGUCAGUAAUUUGCAUAAAGAAUACGACGAAAAGAAAGAUUUUCUUCUUGGAAGGAAAAUAAAGAAAGUGGCAACAAACCAUGUCUCUCUUUGCGUAAAAAAAGGAGAGAUUCUGGGACUGUUGGGCCCCAAUGGAGCUGGGAAGAGCACACUCAUUAAUAUAUUGGUGGGAGAAGUCGAACCAACUUCAGGCCAGGUGCUGAUGGGAGAUUAUUCCUUAGGUGAGAAUAAUGAGGAUAGCGGCAUGAGAUUUGUGGGAUACUGUCCUCAGACAAACCCGCUCUGGCCUGAUAUUACAUUACAGGAGCAUUUUGAAAUUUACGGUGCUAUCAAAGGAAUGAAUGAAAGUGACAUGAAUGAAGUCAUAAAAAGCGUUUCCAGCGCACUUGACUUCAAGGAACAUCUUCAGAAAAGGACAAAGAAACUUGGAGCAGGAAUCAAACGGAAGCUAUGUUUUGCCUUGAGUAUGCUUGGUAACCCUCGUAUUACUCUACUAGAUGAGCCAUCUACUGGUAUGGACCCCAAUGCAAAGCAACAUAUGUGGAAGGCAAUUCGUGCAGCUUUUAAAAAUAAAGAGAGAGCAGCCAUUCUGACAACUCACUAUAUGGAAGAAGCAGAGGCUGUGUGUGAUCGAGUCGCAUUCUUGGUGUCUGGAAAAUUAAGAUGCAUUGGUACAGUUCAACAUCUCAAGAGUAAAUUUGGCAGAGGAUAUUUCUUAGAAAUGAAACUGAGACAUGUGCCGCUUACAGAGAAGAAGGAGCAUCUUCAGAGGGAGAUUCUGCGCAUCUUUCCAAAUGGAAGUCACCAGGAAAGGAAAGAAUCCGCCGCUUGCAGGCUAGAGGCAUGGAGCUUCGCUUCGUGGAGUUUUGAAUCUAUUUUGGCUUACAAAAUCCCAAAGGAAGAUGUCCACUCACUUGCAUUAUCGUUUUCUAAACUGGAGGAAGCAAAACAUGCAUUUGAUGUUGAAGAGUACAGCUUCUCUCAAGCAACACUUGAACAGGUAUUUGUGGAACUCGCAAAAGAGCAAGAGGAGGAAGACAGUAGUUUGGGAACACUAAACAGCACACUUUGGUGGCAACGAGCCCAGGAGAGAGUGGUUUUCUGAUCUGGUCCACGUUGUACAAUUUUAGCUGUUUCAUUCUUCAACUUUUUUUUAAAGGACUGUUUUCGUCAUCUUUGUUUCCUUCCUUUGGAAUGUGUAUGAGCCCAGUGAAUCGGAAACAUAUUCCCAAACAAUUCUAAGUAUAAAUAACACUGGUUUCACCUAAAAAUGCAAAAUGGAGCCUAUUCACCUUCUUUGCCUUACAUACAUCAACAUUAUAAAUGUCUUUUAUCUAUGACUUGCUCUUUUUAUGUGAAACGUUUUGUAGCCAUGGCAGAAAGAGGGCAAAUUAGAAUUUACUUAUUUGGGUGCAGUCUAUGCUUUCUACUCUAAAAUUUCAUAUACCAAAUUUCAUGAGUCAGUACAAGUAUGUGGUAUCCUAUUUAGUAGAAGAAAACUACAGAUUUUUUAAAAAUGUAUCAUUACAAGGCAUUUAAAUGUGCUGCAGUUCAUGAAGCUUGAUUUCAAGAACCACCUCUGAAGAAGUUGUAGGGAGAACAUUUUGUGACAUCAUUGAGCAAUCUACAGUAUAGCAAUUGCUUUAUAUGGAUAUUUUUCAGAGGAAAUUUUUGCUAAAGGCCAUACUGACAUUGUUCUGGUUCACCCUGGUAACUCCUAUCAGUUUGCAGGCAUUUUUAUGUAAGCUAAAUCACAAGAGUUCCCUAGACUAGCAGGUAUUAUUCAGGUGGCUCAAAGCUCAGGUACACCUCAAUUUGUAAUAAACCACAAAAUAGAAUACUUAGCAUUUAUUUAAUCUUCUUCAAACUUCUGGAGAAAUUCAUAUUGGAAUUUUCUUUGUAUGUCAAGUGCUCAAGUUGAUCUUACUGUGCAACCCAAAGUAAGGAAAUCUGCCCCGGGACAGGAACAUUGGCAGUUCUGGCAUCACAAACUCCCAUUUCAUACAACCCCCAUUGUAUGAUGGCUGAGAAAAAGGAGCAAGAGCAACAGAAGGCACAGCAGCAAAUUCAGACACAGCUCCCAGCAGGUAAGGCUGUUCCACCCAGUACACACAACAGACAACCAGACAACAGCAUGCAUGCAUGACACUCACACUAACUGUGGUAGCGUAAAUACACUUAGCACCAGCUGGGUGGAAAUCAACACCUUGUCAAUUCCACUUCAGGUCCCUAAACACAGCACUCACACCACUGAAACACACGACAACAGACAGAUCGUUUUUUUUAAAAGCCCUUUAUUGUUACGAUGGAACCAGCUCAGUCAAACAAAAUAUCUCCAUGCAUGCACCUUGUUGGGGGUCCCCCUAGAAUGACAUGUUGUGCAUGUUGGCUUGGUGUGCUUACACCUGCAACCUGAGUAGAGUAGCAGAAGUUUAUUUUAUUUACAUUUGUAUCAUAAAAAUAUAUAUCAAAGCGGUUUACAGCAAUAAAAACAUAAAAUGGGGCCUAUGGUCGUCCAUGGGUGGGCUGGCUCUUUUGUUGCAGGGUGCUCGGUUGUUUGCUACAAAGACAUGCUCCCUUUUUCUGGACUAGCUUUGCUGGGCUUAGCUUUAAGCUUAGCUUUGCUUUGUCAAGUGCUCUCCCAACCCGGUUGCCAUUUUUUAGUGGCGUUUCCUGCUGGGUCCUGUUAUCUGUAGAGCUGCUGCUGAAGAGCCUGGUUGGGAUGGAAGCCCAAGAGUAGUGUUAGUGUUGCCCCAUGAGCUGUAGAGGCAAACUUUGAACAAAGUGCCUUCUGUUUAUGUUCUGUGCAAAAUGCCCUUUCACCGUCGCGAGGAGAAAGUCAGAUCGAGCCUUCUCCGGGGAGCCCGCUCGCCUCAUGCUUCCGCUGCUGCCAUCGCCUGGCUUCCACAGGGACAUGGCGAUUGGUGAUUGGCGCUGCCGCACCGAAACGGACGCCGAACAGCAGCUAGAUCCCCCCCUCACUCUCACCUUAAGCCACCUGUGCGCGAACGGGAGAGGCCAACCAGACACUGCCUGCGCGCAAACGGGCUGUCUGCUUGGGCGCAAGGGUCUGGCUGCUGGGGAAGGAGGGAGGGAGCCUCUCCCUGGCCCUCCUCCUGCUUCCUCCUCCCCCGAGCCUUAAAACGUCCGGAGCGGCCGUGGCACUUGGGGGCAAUGUGGCUGCUGUGGCUGCUCCUGGGCUCGGCGGGCGAGUCGGGGUUUGUGAGCGCUGGAUUGCGCCUUAAGCUGCUUUGCUAUGGCGCCAUUUCAUUGAAAGGAGAGCUCUUUUUGGCCCAUAGGAACGCAUUAAUUAAAUUACAAUGUAUUCCUAUGGGAAACCGCACUUCGCAAGACGAAAUAUUCGCAAUACGAAAUGACUCGUGGAACGAAUUAAUUUCCUCUUGCGAGGUACCACUGUAAUGACUGUAAACACUAUGCUCUAGCCCUCAUCUCCAAGCCCCUUUCCUUUUGUGUUGCAUGGGCUAAAUACCAGCCACAUGAUCUUAUAGCACUGCAGGUCAGUUGGGCAUAAUCAGCAUUUCACUAGCUUAGAAGAGAGAUUUAUUGGGUCAAGUCCCAGAAAUAUAUUGCACUUUAAGGCUGUAGGAUUGCAUUAUAAACCACUCUGAACAACCACAUAUUAGUCAACAAAAUCCAAAUACAUGUACAUAAAGUGUAGUAUAAGGCUGCCAAGUAUAUAAAUUGUUUUGAAUGGUAAGUCUAAAUUGUGUCACUGUUGCAAGUUGCACAGAAGCCUAUACUGCAUGCACAAGUACAUUUAAAUAGUUUAAAUAAAUAGGUUUAUUUCACGUUUACAAAUGCAGAUUGUGAAAACCAAAUAGCUAAAUCUAUUUGUACAUUCCUUAAUAGCCUAUAGCAUGUUGAAUUGUUGCAUCAUUGUGGUUAUUUCAGUUGAGAGUUUCAACACAUUAAGAUCUACCACUUUUGGCAGGCAAACUUUUCUUUGUUCAGGUCUUUCCUUGACAGUGAAAUUGUAGCCAUGCACACCACAACCUUGUAUUUAUUGUGAUGAUGAUGUUGUUGUUGUUGUUGUUGAUGAUGAUAACUAUGGAAAAACAUAACGAAGCUGUUCCAGUAUCACUGGGAAGUAAUAAAGAUCUAUGUUUCGUAUA